AUGUGGCUGUGCCCAGAGGAGGUGCUUGUGGCCAACGCGCUGUGGGUGACAGAACGGGCCAACCCCUUCUUCGUGCUGCAGCGGCGCCGGGGCCACGGCAGGGGCGGUGGCCUCACGGGUCUCCUUGUGGGCACCUUAGAUGUGGUAUUGGACUCCAGCGCCCGAGUGGCCCCUUAUCGAAUCCUGCACCAGACCCAGGACUCGCAGGUCUACUGGACAGUGGCAUGCGGUUCUACCCGCAAAGAGAUAACAAAACACUGGGAAUGGCUGGAGAACAACUUACUUCAGACACUGUCCAUCUUCGACAAUGAGGAAGAUAUCACCACUUUUGUCAAGGGCAAGAUACAUGGUAUCAUCGCUGAAGAGAACAAGAACGUGCAGCCCCAGGGAGAUGAGGACCCUGGGAAGUUCAAGGAAGCCGAGCUAAAGAUGCGGAAGCAGUUUGGGAUGCCUGAGGGGGAGAAGCUGGUCAACUACUACUCCUGUAGCUACUGGAAGGGUCAUGUGCCCAGGCAGGGCUGGCUCUACCUGACCGUCAAUCACCUGUGCUUCUACUCUUUCCUGCUAGGCAAGGAAGUGAGCCUAGUGGUGCAGUGGGUGGAUGUCACACGACUAGAGAAGAGUGCCACCCUGCUCUUCCCUGAGAGCAUUCACGUGGACACCCGAGACCAGGAGCUCUUCUUCUCCAUGUUCCUCAACAUUGGUGAGACCUUCAAGCUCAUGGAGCAGCUGGCCAACCUGGCCAUGAGGCAGCUGCUGGACAACGAGGGCUUCCUGGAGGACAAGGUGCUGCCCAGGCCUGCCCGGCCACACAAGAACAUCUCUGCUCUGAAGCGAGACCUAGAUGCACAAGCCAAGAAUGAAUACUACCGGGCCAGAUUCCGGCUGCCCAGGGACGAACGCCUGGAUGGGCACACAAGCUGCACUCUGUGGACUCCGUUCAACAAGCUGCACAUUCCUGGCCAGAUGUUCAUCUCCAGCAACUAUAUCUGCUUUGCCAGCAAGGAGGAGGACAUCUGCCACCUCAUCAUACCCCUGCGGGAGGUGACCAUUGUUGAAAAAGCCGACAGCUCCAGUGUUCUGCCCAGUCCUCUGUCUAUUAGCACCAAGAACAAAAUGACCUUCCUAUUUGCCAACCUUAGAGACCGUGAUUUCUUGGUUCAGAGGAUUUCUGACUUCCUCCAGAAAAUGUCAUCUAAGCAGACGGGUGACAGCAGCACAGGAAGGAAAGCCAGCGUCGUGGAUCCAGCCUCAGAGCCUUCAAAAGCUCUGCAGGAGGCAUCAAUACAGCCUACCAGCCCCACCUCACCCUGUGGUGGCCGCCAGAACUCCCUUGCACAGGAGGCGCCAACUGCUUUCCAGGGUCUGCUCAAACUCUUCCAGAGAAAUGCACCGAUGGAAGACCUAGGGGCCAAGGGGGCCAAGGAGAAGAUGAAGGAGGAGUCAUGGAACAUCCACUUCUUUGAGUAUGGGCGCGGUAUGUGCAUGUACCGCACGUCCGGGACACGGGAGCUGGUGCUGAAGGGCAUUCCUGAGGGCCUCCGUGGGGAACUCUGGCUUCUUUUCUCGGGGGCCUGGAAUGAGAUGGUGACUCACCCUGGCUACUAUGCCGAACUGGUGGAAAAGUCCACAGGGAAGUACAGCCUGGCCACGGAGGAGAUUGAGCGAGACCUCCACCGCUCCAUGCCCGAGCACCCUGCCUUCCAGAACGAGCUUGGGAUUGCUGCACUUCGGCGGGUGCUGACUGCCUAUGCUUUCCGAAACCCUACCAUCGGUUACUGCCAGGCCAUGAACAUCGUUACCUCAGUGCUCCUGCUCUAUGGCAGCGAGGAGGAGGCCUUCUGGCUGCUGGUGGCCCUCUGUGAGCGAAUGCUACCCGACUACUACAACACCAGGGUGGUGGGGGCCCUGGUGGACCAAGGAAUCUUCGAAGAGCUCACAAGAGACUUCCUGCCCCAGCUCUCUGAGAAGAUGCAGAACUUAGGGGUAAUCGCCAGCAUCUCGCUCUCCUGGUUCCUCACCCUCUUCCUCAGCGUCAUGCCCUUCGAAAGCGCUGUGGUCAUUGUCGACUGCUUCUUCUACGAGGGCAUCAAGGUGGUCCUGCAGGUGGCCUUGGCCAUCCUGGAUGCCAACAUGGAGCAGCUGCUGGGCUGCAGUGACGAGGGCGAGGCCAUGACCAUCCUGGGCAGGUACCUGGAUAAUGUGGUCAAUAAGCAGAGUGUUUCUCCACCUGUCCCACACCUUCAUGCCCUGCUGACCAGCGGAGAUAAUCCUCCUGAAGAGGUGGAUAUAUUUGACCUCCUCAAAGUGUCAUAUGAGAAAUUCAGCAGCCUGAGGGCCUACGACAUUGAACAGAUGAGGUUUAAACAGAGGCUGAAAGUGAUCCAGUCCUUGGAAGAUACGGCCAAGAGGAGUAUGGUUCGAGCUAUACCUGGGGACAUUGGUUUCUCAGUUGAAGAGUUGGAGGACCUUUACGUGGUGUUUAAGGCCAAGCACCUCGAAAGUCAGUACUGGGGGAACAGCAGGCCCACUUCUGUGCAUCGGGACCCCAGCCUGCCCUACCUGGAGCAGUACCGCAUCGACGCCAGCCAGUUCCAGGAACUCUUUGCCAGCCUGACACCCUGGGCCUGCGGUGCGCACACACCUGUGCUGGCAGGGCGCAUGUUCCGGUUCCUGGACCGAAACAAGGACUCACUGAUCAACUUUAAGGAAUUCGUGACAGGGAUGAGUAGGAUGUACCAUGGGGACCUGACAGACAAGCUCAAGGUGCUCUACAGGCUGCACUUGCCCCCAGCCCUGAGUCCAGAGGAGGCCGAGUCAGCCCUGGAAGCAACCCACUAUUUCAUUGAGGACAGCUCCUUAGAAGAGAAGGGGAUCAGCCCUCCCAAUUAUCAACACUACCUUCAAAUGUGGGCCAAGGAGAAAGAGGUUCAAAAGGACAACAUUAAGGACUUUCCCAAGAUGAACCAGGAACAGUUCAUUGAGCUGUGCAAGACACUUUACAACAUGUUUAGUGAAGACUCCAUGGAGCAGGACUUGUACCACGCUAUUGCCACAGUGGCAAGCCUACUGCUGCGCAUCGGGGAGGUGGGGAAGAGGUUCUCGGCGCAGCUAGGCAGGAAGCCCAGGGACAGUACCUCCGAGGAGGACCAGCCACCAGCCUUCAACCCCCCUCAUGACCCUCCCCAGGAGCUCCGGCCACCAGCUUUGGGCUACCCCCAGGCCACAGCUGGUGGAGACACCCAACUUAGGAAAGUACCACAGGAGAGCCAGGUGGUGGGCAAAGGGGGCAGUGGUGAGGGUCUGGGCUCCCCCUCCCAGGAUCUGAUGUCUGAUGAUGAAACCAAAGAUGACAUGUCCAUGUCCUCCUACUCGGUGGUCAGUGUGGGCUCCCUACAGUGUGAGGACCUGACCAACCACACUGUGCCAGUGGGCAGGGAGGUCUGCAGCCCCUUAGCCACCACCCACAGCGGGGGAUCUGUCGACACCGACUGGAGCAUCUCCUUUGAGCAGAUACUGGCCUCCAUCCUGACUGAGUCUGUGCUGGUGAACUUCUUUGAGAAGAGGGUGGACAUUGGACUCAAGAUCAAGGCCCAAAAGAAAGUGGAGAGACAGUUCAGCACCUCCAGUGACCAUGAGCAUUCUGGGGUUUCUGGCUGAAUACUCUGCCAAGUAUGGGCUGACCUCUCUCCUCCCUUUUCGUCUGUUUUCUCCCUAAGGACACACCCUCCCCUUCUCCCCAGGAGCAGUGAAUUCUAAAGGGAAAGAAGGCCGAACAGCUGGAGUUGGAGCCCAGGCAGAGGCUCCUCAUCCCUCUUCCAACCCUGGACCCAGUGGGUCCUGCAGGGUCCAGAGCCUUCAUGUCUGCCUUUGCUUGCCCAGUGCCUCGGUGCCUGUGCCAUAGCCAGGCACACCAAGUCCUGCACCCACAGGUGCUCUCCUGUAGCUGCCUGCUUGGGGCUUACCUGCCUUUUGGGUAUCAGUGGUAGCUCUCCAGGAGCCCCUGAAACAGAACUCUUGGCCGAGGAACACUGGGUGCCAGGCAGGUGUAUUCUAAAUGUUCUUUCAGCUUGUCAUCCUAGCCAUUAACCUUAAAAGCACAUUUGUCAGUUCCUUAUGUAUUUCCUUGUGUUCAUUUCAGUUAGCUAAAAAUCACAUUGUUCAAUGCCUUAAUCCCUGAAAACCAAAAAACACGCUGUAGACCUGGCCAGUGUGGCUCGGUUGAGUGUUGCCCAUGCACCAAGAA